AUGCGCACGGUCCACCAGGCCGCCGCUGCGACGGUGCCGGCGGCAACGUCUUUGGCGCCGGUUGUCGCUCCGCGUGCGAGCCCGUCCGUCCCCGACCUCCCGCGCCGAACUCACCCACCGACGGCUCGAGUGCAGAAAACGGCCAUGGCGACGUACACGUCUGCGACACACACGGCAGCUUCUCGCCCUCGCACCGGCCAGCGCACCCAGCGCCGGCCAGGCACGGGGCGGCCAACCACAGCAGCGACCAGUGGUGCUGGGAUCGGAGCCCAGCGCGUCGUGUGCGCCGUCAGCGAGUCUCGCGGCAUCUCUCCCACCGUUGGCCUCGCCAUCGUGAACCUUGACGCUGUCCAAGCGGUUCUCUGUCAGAUCUGCGACAGCCAGACCUACGUGCGCACCGUACACAAGUUGCAGGUCUACGCGCCCUGCGAGAUCCUCAUCGUCUCCACCGCUGCCGAUCCCAAGUCCAAGCUCUUUUCCAUCAUUGAGGAGAACCUGCAGGGCAUCGACAGCCGGAUCACCCCGGUCGACCGCAGGUACUGGGCCGAGACGGCCGGGACCGAGUACAUCCAGCAACUGGCCUUCGCCGACGAUGUGGAGGCCAUCAAGCUGUCGCUUGAGGGCAACUAUUUCUGUGUAAUGAAGUACGUUGAGUUGGGUCACGGUGUGACCUUCCCACCGCAUGCUCUGAAGAUCAAGUACGAGCCCUCGGAGGGCUCCAUGAUGAUUGAUGUCCCCACCAUAUGUGCCCUGGAGCUCAUCCAGAACCUCGAGAAUCCAAAGUCCCGGUACUGUUUGUUCGGUUUGUUGAAUGAGACGUUGACGCCAAUGGGUGCGAGGCUGCUACGCAGCAACAUCCUCCAGCCGCUCACAAAUGAGGACACGCUAAAGAAUCGUUAUGAUGCGCUAGAGGAGAUGUCCACCAAGGAGGACCUUUUCUUCGCCGUUAUUCUAGUUCCUACCAAGCCUUCGAUAUACACCAUGGAGCAAGCCAUCAACCAUGUCAUCAUGCUCAAGCAAUUCGUCAUAUCAAUCCGGCCCAUCUACGAAGCAUUGACCGGAGCCAGAAGCACGAUGCUCCGCGAGAUCCAAGCGUUCUGUCACCCCGACCUCAUCGACCCCAUUCAAGAGCUGAUCGAUUCCGUGAUCAAUGAGGAUACAGUCUUCGCCAAGAGGCCGCUGGACCUGAGGAACCAGCACAUCUACGCAGUGAAGGCUGGUGUCAACGGUCUCCUCGAUGUGGCACGUCAAGCAUACAGAGAGGCCACCGAGGAUGCAUAUCAACUGGUCGACGAGCUUGGUGAAACACACAACGUCGGCCUCGCGAUUAAAUUUGACCCAGCGCGCCAGUUCUACAUCCAGCUCAACACCGCAGAUGUAGAAGACCGGGCUUUACCGCCAAUUUUCACCAACGUGCACAAGAAAAAGGGGGUCAUCGAGUGUCAGACCAUCGACCUUAUGAAGCGGAACCAGAAGAUCGUCGAUGCACACAACGAGGUUGUCUGUCUAAGCAACAGAUCCGUCCAGGGUCUUAUCGCCGAACUCCGUAGAUGCGUAGCUACUCUCUACCGCGUUUGCGAAGGUAUCGCCAUGCUGGACAUGGUAUCAUCAUUCGCGCACCUCGUCGCGAGCCAAGAGUACAUCCGCCCUACCCUGGCCAAGACUCUUGCCAUCAAAGCAGGUCGUCAUCCAAUCCGAGAGAAGAUACAGCAAUCAAAAUUCGUCCCAAACGACUUUUAUGCCACCCAACAAAAGCGAUUUCAAGUCAUCACUGGCUGCAACAUGAGCGGCAAAAGCACUUACAUCCGGGCUGUUGCCCUCAUGACUGUCAUGACGCAGAUUGGGAUGUUUGUGCCCGCACAAUACGCGUCAAUGCCCAUUCAACGACAGCUAUUCGCUAGAGUCUCACUUGACGACAGUAUUGAGGCCAAUGUUUCCACUUUCGCCGCCGAAAUGAGAGAGGCGGCGUUCAUCCUACGGAACAUCAGCAAGGACAGCAUAGCCAUAAUUGACGAACUAGGCCGCGGAACCAGCACUCGUGAUGGCCUCGCCAUCGCGCUCGCAAUUGCUGAAGCUCUGGUCGACAGUCAUGCUUUCGUCUGGUUCGCCACACAUUUUCGCGAGCUCGCCGAGAUCAUGGCCGAAAGAAACGGCAUUGUAAACCUCCACCUUGCUGUAGAUACGAGAGUCGAGGAGGGAGCCAUGAACAUGCUAUACAAGAUUGCGGAAGGUCCUAUUAGUGAACAGCACUAUGGACUCACACUUGCACGGGUGGUGCCUCUCCCUUCCGAAGUCCUCGAACAGGCGGGCCAAGUUUCCACGAAGCUGAAGCAACGACUGCACAGCCGAGAAAAGACAUCACCAAAUGUGAUCCGGGAGCGCCGCCGGGGGUUGCUACUCAGUCUCAAGGAACACCUCUUGCAAGCCCAAAGCGGCGCUAUGGAAGGACUAACGUUGGGGGGCUGGCUGAAGGAGUUGCAGCGUGAGUUCGUCAUCAGAAUGUCAUCAAUCGACGCUGCCGCUGCAGAGGCGGAAGACCUCGCAAACGAGGAUGGAUGCGUCUCCGAGUCAGAUUUCACCACGGCUCACAAAGACAUGUUGAUCCCUGCAGCAUCAGAGGGGUGCGUUGGCGAAAAGCCCAGCAGUGCCACUGCAAUUCCAAGCAGUGGCUCGUCGACGACUACUGAAUUAGGAUAG